UUCAGCUGAUGAUGCAUGUGGCAGAAUAGGCUUGGGGAGCAUCGCUAUAGCAACCGCAAACAGAAAGGCACUUCAGAGCACUCUCAAAGAGGAAAUGUGACCUGGGCCAUCACACAUCUGAAAGCCGUACAGGACAACUGGAUCACUUCUAAAGGUCAAAUUGAAGGUGAGCAGCAGAAGGCUGAGCAUGUCGUGGUUCAGCUGGAACGAACCGUACUAUCGGAGCCCACGACGUGAGCCGUCUGAAGUGGUUACAGACACACUGAUGCUGGAGCUGAGCUGGCAGAUGAAGGAGGCCGAGAGGCUGCAGAGGGAGCGAGACAAUGAAUAUCGGCGGCUGAAGAGCGGCGUGGACUACAGCUGGCUCAUGAGCACCCCACGCACCUCAUUUGACAUCAGCCAAGGAGAGAGACUCGGCCUCGAGGACCUGUGUAGCAAAGUACCACCAUCAUACUGUGGAACGGCAAUACAAAGGUUUCGGCAGGUGCUGAUGGAGAAUGAGCCUGAGCUGCAGGAGGUUUCCGGACUCUUCCGCUCUGUGCUUUUGGAAACACUUGAGCGUGUUCACGAGGAGCAGGAGGCUCAGCGUCUGACCCACCAGUGGAACAACAGACGCCCCAUAAGCCUGUCACUGAUGAGCUUCAAGUCUCGUGUGCGGAUCAACCCUUUCGGCAGCACCUUGGGACUGAAAUCAAACAGUUAUGGCUCGGAGGAAGAUGGAGUAGACGUCAAGACUGUGUGUGGGGAUGUGGAGAAGGGCUUUGGUCAGACAACAGAGAAAGUGCAGCGUGGGUGGAGCAUGCCAGAGUUCAGGCACAAGGGCAUCAAUGGGAACGCUUGAGUGGGAUUCAGCAUCACCUUCACUUUCAGUGUGUUAUUAUUUCCAGAAGUAUGGAGGUAAGAAGUAUGUUGAUGUUGGGAAAUAAAACUUCUUUCAAGCAAAUCACCAUGAAUCAGUAAAUCUGCCACAAGGACUCUAGCUCCAAAAGCCACACUUUCCAUUUUUGACUGAAUGUUCAUAUAUGCAGUAAUUCCUAAAACAGGAAACCAGAUAUAUGCCUGAUCAUUCACCAUCAGUUUCAUUGUGUAUGACAAGUUAUUCUGAAAUAGUACAGCUGCCUAAUGUAUUUUGUGAACUUUUGGAAAAAUGUUGGAAAAUGUUUUAUAAAUGAUACAACUAAACAAAAAAAAAUUCAAGCGCAGGUCAACUUUUGAAACUAUUGCCCAAUUUUUCACGACAGGUUGUGCUGUAUUUGGUGUGGAGAUGCUUGUGAUGUGCAAGUGUGUAAGUGAUGAGUUGUUUUGAAACAUUUCAAUCCAUUUUAUUUCAUUACUUUGUCAUUUGAGUUAAUCAGUGUAACUGUAGAAUGUAAAUGUAUAAAAUCAAUAAAUGUUUUAAUUUCAAUGUGCUGGAAAAUAAAGAUGAAUGCAUAUUU